UGUAAACACUGUGGGUCACAAAAGAUCUACUUUUCAUUUCCACUGUCACAGUGCAUGACUGUCACUGCACAACGGUUAGAGAUGAUAUCAUAUCAGGUUCUACGGCGUUUGUGUCUGUUUGCAGUCAUCAGACCGGUUCACCAUGGUAGAACCUCAUGUGGACUGAAGACUUCCACCGUCAAUCGCAGUGACGGACAACAUGAUCCAGUGUCAGUUGUGACGUACGAACAGCUCAAAGCUAUGUUGGCCAAUCACAGCGUACAGCUGUUUGAUGUCCGGAAUCCAGAUGAAUUCCAGGCCGGCCGUAUUCCUGAUUCCACCAACAUUCCAUUGGGACAGCUUGAGGAGUCACUGAAGCUACCACCACAGAAGUUUGAAAUGCAGUUUAAGGGCACGGCAUUAUGCAGGUGGAUACAUUGAUUGGGAAGAUCAUGAGAAGAAGUAACAGCAUCAAGCAGUUCAGCUUUAUUUCCUAAUUGCAGAUUUGACAUCAUAUCAAUUUCAUGUCACUUUAUUGUCAAUAUUAAUAUGGAGUAUUAAUCUAUUAAUAUGGACUAAAGGAAAGAUUACUGAUAGUGUUUUCAUUUUUCAUUUUGAUAUUUACAAAGAUCUGAAAUGACUCAGUGAGUUUAAAUCAUUAAUAAUAUAAUUUAGAAUGACUUGUGCAGAAGUCAGGUUCUAAAAACAACAAAAAAUGUAGCUGCAAGCAGCGAUGAUGGGCCCAAGCACCAUGGGUCCGUUUCCACCCGGUGGCUUUCGGAAAACAAUGCAAGGUGGACACAUGCAUUUGGAAUUUGACAUUAUUCUAAACUAUUUUGCAGCAAUUUGGGUAAGAGAUCUAUUUUAAAGUCUGUUGUAAGAGCCACACUUCCUGCUGCCAGGUGGUGGCGCUAUGACCGUGACCCAAAAUAGUCAAAUCCAUGUGAUUAGCCCCCAAGACUAAACAUACAUCUCAAUUUUGAUCUAAAUCACACAUUGCACACAGAAGCUAUGAGACACUUCCUGUUUCCCAUUUUUCGCCAUUAAUUUAAUGCCUUGACAUGGCAACACUGUCCGAUAUAUCAAAAUCUAUUUGCAAUUUAACAUCUUCAAUGUCUUGGCAUAAUGUUGUCUAAAUGUCAUGACAGUCUCAUGAAUCACCUAGGAGGAGUAUUUAAAUGUUCAUAUUCAAAAAAUACAAAAUGGCCAACUUCCUGUUGGGUGGACCUAAAGACUAUAAUUAUGAAAUCACCAGUUUUGGUGACUCUAGGUGAAAAUGGGGGUGCUACAGAGGCCGUCUUACACACCCAUUUUAAAGGAGGCACUACAGAGCCCCCCCCCCCAUAUGCGUGAACUUUUGCCCAGAACAAAUGGCCAACGACUCUGAUGUGUGUGCAAAAUUUCAUGAAAUUUUAAGUAUGCCAAGUGCCUCAAAAGCACCCAAAUAUAAGAAGAAAUGAAUAAUAAUAAUUAAUGCAUUGCCAUGGCAACAGCAUUUAAGAUAUCAAAUAUUCCUAUCAAAUUUUAAAUCAGCAGCGUCUGGACAUUAUUCUAAGGAAUUUUUAAGCAAUUCAUGUUAACACAAGGGGCUAUUUCAAAGUCUGUUUAAAGUGCCAUACUUCCUGCUGCCAGUUGGUGGCGCUAUGACCGUAACCCAUAAUAGCCGCAUCAAUGUGAUCAACCCUCAUUACCAAACAUACAGCUGAAUUUUUAUCAAAAUCACACAAUGCACACAGAAGAUAUAAGGCACUUCCUGUUGUCCAUUUUUUGCCAUAAAUGUAUUGCUUUGCAUCUACAUCUGCAAUGUUUUGCAUGAUGUUGCAAAAACUUGGUGCCAAACAUGAAUCCCCUAGGAGGAGGAUUUAAAAGUUCAGAGCCUGCGAUUUUCAGAAAAUCCAAAAUGGCCUGUUGGGUGGAGCUAAUGAAUGUGAGUAUGAAAGUUGUUCGGCUUUAUUAGAAACUAUAUAUUUUCCAAUUUUGGUGACUGUGGGUGAAAAUGGGGAUACUAAAGAGCCCCCCUUACAUGCCUAUUUUCAAGGGGGUGCUAUAGAGCCCCCCCCCCAUUAAACUGCUGUUUGGAUGUGGUCGGCUGCUCCUUGGUAGCUGUCAGACUGAUACUCAACACAGAUGAAGGCUGGCACAUUUUUCAUUGGACUGCAAUCAAAUCAACAGACCUUCCCCAAUCCAUCUGGGAGAUAAUUAUUUGAAUGUCAUUAAUUUAUGGAGUGUAUAGUUUUUCAGGAAUGAGAGUUAUUGGUAAUUCGUAACAUCAGAUGUAAGCAAUAGCUCUCAAGGAAUUGAAUUUAGCACAAUCUGUUUAGUCUCAGCCUGGGCCUUUUUCUUCCUUGAAUUAUGAGAAAUGACUAUGAUAAAUGUGAUCAUGUCACUUUCACCCCAGCUAUAAUAGUGGCUCACACCACUGAGCUAGUUUGUAAAAUAAAAAGUCCCAAACUAAUUUCUUUCUUUGCCACAAGGGACCUAAACAUUCCCGGGGUGCCAAUAUGAGUUGUGCAUCUUAUGCCAUACUUAUAUAUUCGUUUUAACGUGCUAUUAUCAGGUCACGACUCAGUGUGGGUCUGUUGUAAAAAGAUAUUUUCAAAACGGUUAUUAAUGAGCACAUUGCGAGUGUAAACAGUGAAGGCAUCCUUCAAAACCGUCAGUGGAACGUGAAUACAUUGAGAGCUAUAACAUGAUUUGGAUUUAGCUUUUUUAAUUGUGUCCUUUCACCUGCCAGUAUCCAGUAACAUAUAGAUUAUAAUUUACCUUCAAACAUGAUCUGACACCAGCUAUUAGAACUAAGAAGAGCAGAGAUGCUUUGUGCGUAAGACCUUCUGGAGAUCAAGUGAAGCUGUCUCGGGCGAGUCAAGCUCUGCGCGAAACGAGUUGUGGAUUGGCUGCAACGAGGCAUUCAGUUCACAAAAACAGUGUGUGGAAGUAUUUCUGGGGUUGUGCGUUAAUAAGUUUCACGUACGCUGUGCGCGUGAAGGAUGGAGUCCCAUGCUCGGCGUCAAUGUAUCGCUCAAAGAACGAAUGGACAAACAAAUUUGAUUUUGGAGAAAUUGCAUUCAGAAGUUGUUCUGUUUCGGUUCUUCGCUGGAGAAGCUUAACAGAUCUUCAACACUCAUGGCAUUGUUAAGCAGCACUGAAUGGCUCUGGAAUGACUCAGACCAUUCUCUCACCCUUGGAGAAAACUCAAGCCUGGCACCAGGCAUAGAAGAAGGGAAGAGAAAUUACUAUGCCAUGUUGUAUUCCCUACUUAUUUUGGCUAUUGUCUUUGGGAACGUUCUAGUGUGUAUAGCUGUACUUCGAGAGAGGGCUCUCCAGACCACCACAAACUACCUAGUGGUCAGCCUGGCAGUAGCUGAUCUCUUGGUUGCCUCCCUGGUCAUGCCCUGGGCUGUCUAUUUAGAAGUAGUUGGUGGAGCUUGGCUCUUCAGUCGCUUGUACUGCAAUGUGUUUGUGACCUUGGAUGUGAUGAUGUGUACCGCAAGCAUACUCAACCUGUGUGCCAUCAGCAUUGACAGGUAUACAGCUGUGGUGAUGCCAGUGCUAUACAACACCACACACAGUUCUCGCAAAAGAGUUUCAGUCAUGAUUGCUACAGUUUGGUUCCUCGCCUUCGCAGUCUCCUGCCCGCUACUGUUUGGAUUCAACACUUCAGAUGACCCUUCAGUCUGUUCGAUUUCAAAUCCCAAUUUUGUCAUCUACUCCUCUGUGGUGUCGUUUUACUUGCCUUUCGCGGUGACCCUUCUGGUCUACGUGCGCAUCUACAUCUUUCUUAGAAGGAGAAGGAAAAGAAUCACCUUCCGUCAAGGCAGUGGCAAAGUUCAACCAGCACCUGCACCACCAUCAGUGGAAACAUGUUUACAAGAUGGCACUCACAAAGAGAAACAAGACCUCUCCCCCAUCAGGAUCAACGUGAUAAAUGAAACCACAGAGCAGGCGAUCCGUCCCCGGCUCCUCGGCAGCUGCCUGCGGCGUAAGCGGCCUCAAACCAUCCCUGCCGAGAACUCACUCCUGCCUCCUGUGGUCAAACUGAACUACUGCAGUAUAAGCCAGGCGUCCUUUGCUCGCACUGAGCAAGAGCCAAACUGUGAGGAAGAGGAGGUUGAUGAAGAGAAGCAGAUGACAAAAAGGAGCUGUGAGGUGAAGAAGAUGUCAAACGGACAUACACACACAACCAUCCACCCACCACGGCCUACUCAUGUCAUGGUGUGCCCCAGUCAGGUUCGCUGUAGGAGUAUGCACUCCAAGGAGAAGAAAGCCACACAGAUGUUGGCCAUUGUUCUGGGGGUCUUUCUUAUUUGCUGGCUGCCGUUCUUUGUGACUCAUAUCCUAAAUACUCACUGCAGGACAUGCUAUGUUCCACCUGAGCUCUAUAGCGCCUUCACCUGGCUUGGCUACGUCAACAGCGCUCUCAAUCCAGUCAUCUACACCACUUUUAACAUUGAGUUCCGCCGGGCCUUUAUUAAAAUCCUGAGCUGCUAAACUAUUGGCCAUACUCUCAUACAUUUCUCAAUGGACUGGAUAGCAUCUAGACAUGUCAGGGGAGGCGCAGAGAGUGGUAAAACAUUUUAUUAAAUAAUUAAUAUGUAUAUACUGUAUGUAUAUAUAUAUAUAUAUGUAUUGAAUUUAACUAUUAUAUUAUAUAUAAACAUUAAACAGUUCUGAAAAUAAUAGGGAAAAAAAAAAAAUAUUUAUCAUGAACCUUUAUGGAGAUUCUCUGAUAUUUGUCAAGCCCGCCAAUAAAGCAGACAUGACGUAUUAGUCUGUAAUUACAACGGAGCGGUUUCUGAGACCACCAAAUUCGAAUCCUUCAGUUUCAGGGGUCAAACCCAAAAGACGACGAUACGAUGAGCAGUAUUUAAGUUUAGGAUUUACAUGGACAGGAUCAGCUGAUGCACCACGACCUUUAUGUGUCAUUUGCCAGGAGAUUUUAGCUAAUGACAAUAUGUGACAUGCUAAACUCCACAGACACCUUGACGCCAAGCAUGCUGAGGUAGCGUGAAAACCUACGUUUUUCCAAAAAAAACUUAAAGCCUUUCAAGGUCAGAAAAAAUUGUCUGAGAAUUUGCCAAAUUAAAUGUAAAGGCCAAUGAAUUUUCAUAUCACAUUGCACUGCAUAUUGCCAAGGCGGACAAAGCACAUAACAUCGGAGAGACAUUGAUUCUGCAGGCAGCAAAAGAUAUGUGUUCUUUGAUGGUAGGAGAGGCAGCGGCUUCUCAGCUUGAGAAGCAAUAUGCUUGAUUCUAUUCCACUCUCUGACAACACAGUGGUUCGGCGCAUCUCUGGCAUGGCACAGGAUGUGAAGGAGCAAGUGUUAGACAGCAUCAGGCACAGCCCAUAUUUUGCACUCCAGACUGACGAAUCCACUGAUGUGGCUAGCUGUGUACAGCUGUUAACAUACGUGAGGUACAUGAAAAAUAUGGACAUUCAAGAAGAGUUUCUAUUCAGUAGUCCUUUGGCCGCCUGCUCGCACACACACACACUCCUCUCUGUUACAGAUCAUCUGACUGGUUUGACUGAGAUGGACUGCAGUUGGAAUUUCAAAUUAUGUUCUUUUUUUUUUCUUCUAGGAACUAGCAUUGUUUUUGUUGCAUUUUUUCUCCACCAUUGUAAAAAUUACAUAAUGUAAAAAGUUUAAUAUAAAAAGUUGUAUAUUCAAUGUCAUAAUGCACUUUUCUUGUUAAACAAUAAAUGAUAAAAA